GCGUCCCUGCUGUCAGGAGGAGGCGCAUUAAACUGACCUUCUCCGUGGCCUCGUCAGUCGUCCUGGAGCCUGACGAGGACCUUGAAUGUUUUUCUUGAUUAUCUGUGGUUAUUUUGAUUGUUAGCGAUGCCUACGACGCUGGAAGUUCCUUCCCUGCAGGAGCUCAAGGUGGACGAGGUCAAUGUGUCAUCUACAGUGUUGAAAGCUGCUGCUCACCAUUAUGGAGCCCAGUGUGACAAACCAAACAAAGAGUUUAUGCUCUGCCGCUGGGAGGAGAAAGACCCCAGGAAGUGUCUUGAGGAAGGAAGGAAGGUCAAUGAGUGUGCACUGAACUUCUUCAGGCAAAUCAAGGGGAACUGUGCCGAGUCCUUCACAGAGUACUGGACCUGUCUGGAUUAUACGGGCAUGGCGGAGCUGCGUCACUGCCGCAAACAGCAGAAGGCCUUUGACAGCUGUGUCCUGGACAAAUUGGGCUGGGAAAGACCUGACCUGGGAGAUCUGUCGAAGGUCACCAAAGUGGCGACCUCGCGACCUCUGCCAGAGAACCCCUACCAUUCAAGGCCUCGCCCCGAGCCCAACCUCCCCAUAGAGGCCAAACUGGAGCCUUCCAAGCACGGCAGCAGGUUAUUCUUCUGGAACUGGUGAGGCGGGUCCAGAAAGCCGCUCAUCCUCAGAAUCCCUGAGCUCUGUCCAAAAACAGCAAGACUCCCUGAGACCAUCGGGAUCGUUGUAAAUGUGUAAUCACAAGCAGUCGAUGCAGUUUCUGUGCGCCUUCUUCCCCAUAAGGUUUGAGCGUUGGGUUUGGACAGGGCUCAUGUCCUAACGGUCUUUUCACUUUUACCAGUUCAAUAAAGGAAAGAAGGAUGGAUGAUGGUGAGAACAAAAUCCAUGAAUCUGUACAGCUUCCCAGAACACCUCUGUAAAUGUGAUGAAUGAACAGAAACAACAUGCUGUUAUCGUUGUUGUCGAAUAAUAAAGAGAUAAAUUAUAAGGUUUGAA